UUCAAUUCGUUCAGAUGACAUUUUUUGCUUGUGAAAUUUCAUCGAUUUAUUUUCUUACUACUCAUACAUCCGUCGAUCUUACAAAGUUUUCAUUAAUUAUUAGCCACCAUAGUCAACAAUGACUACGCCGGUACAUGGAUUUAACCAAUCCAUACAAGGAAUAAAAAUCGAACAGCAGCUUGAAUUGAAGACCGAAGAAUGUAAAAAUUUCGACGGCAAAAUAACUGCGACGGCAACCAUCAAAAUUGAGCCAACGAACGAACCGAAAGUGGAAAAAGGUGAAGAAACUGACGAUGAUGAGUCUAGCUAUCAAUUAAAGACUAAAUAUGCUGACGAAAUGACUGCUGGAGCAAUGAAUUUGAGAUCGGAAGAUGUUGUGGACAAUAUCGUGGUAAUAAAACGUUGGUUGAAUUGUGUGCCAUUUAAAGCAGUGGUCGAAGGAACACCAUUCGUUCCGUUCAAAAUGCCAUUCUCUGGAUCUGCAGUGCAGCCUUGUCCCAGCGAAAAACGCUUCCGUAUUGUCGAUCUUAUGAAGGCGUUCCCGAAUAUCGGUCUUAUCAUAGAUCUGUCGAAUUAUCGUCGAACAUAUCGCGUUUCCGAUCUGAUGCCAUUCGGCGUUCAAUAUGUGAACAUUCCUGUGCAAUUCGAACGUCAGAAUUCUCUUCCAACGGUUCAGCAAGUGGAUCAAUUCGAUCGGACAUGUUCGACUUAUUCAAAAAUGCAUCCGGGUAAACUUAUCGGUGUACACGAUCAGUUGGGCAACAGAGCAACCGCCUAUAUGAUCUGUAAAGUGCAGGAACGGGCUGGAUUAACUACACAACUGGCAAUGAAACGUUUUCAAGUAGCUCGGGGCUCCGUAAUUUAUGUGUCUAUGGCUGGUGUUAUGAACGGUAGCCGUGAGGCAUGGAUUCCGAAAAAUGAGUUCAAGCCGGAUAUGAAACGUGUCGGUGCUAAUAGUAACGAGAGAACGCCGAAAAACCGAAAAUCGAACAAACGACGAAAAGCCGACAAACGUAAAGCGAACAAGCGAAAAGCUCAAUUAACAGCAAAAUGCUAAGCUGUUCAAAUGCGACGAGUAUUUGCAUAAACUUGUAACCUUACUCUUACACCAUUGUAAUGGAAUUCUGAUUUGUUGACCAAUAAAAUAGCAUUGAGCUUU